CUCUAACCCCUAUAAUUGCAACAUUUUCAACCACUCAUUUCUCAGCCAACAAAACCCGGACGCCAUGUCUGUCAAGAAGAGUCUCUCUCUCAACCACGGCGGAGCCGGGAAGGAGGGAGCAGUUACAAAGAAGACAAGGAAGACUUUGUCUCUAAACAAUGGUGAAGCCGGGAAGAGCAGCGGAGAUGUGGUUGCAGCAAAGCGGACACGCUUCGAUCGUUGUUUUUCUUUCAUGGAGGUUUCUACAGAACCGGGAAAAUCACUUAAAGAAAUGGAUUCCGAGAAGUUGAAGUCAGGGAUCAAGAGGUGGGCUAAGGCUGUUGUUGCAUACGCCCGGCAAGUGAGCGACCGCUUCGGAAGCUCUCGCAGCGGAAGCUCUCGUGGCGAAUCAAAAGCCUAAUUGAAUUGUCUGAAGUAUAUUACUCUGUUUCAAGCGAGUUCAAUCGAUGCUUUACAUCAUUGUACAUAGGAGUUUCAGAAAAAGGAUAGGACCGAUCGAUGCACGACAUGAACUUGUAUGUAAGUACUUGAAUUUUCACUCAAAAUAAUAACAAAAUUGCUUCACAUUU